AGUAGCUUCAUCAGUCUUGGUAUCACAACUCAUGACCGAGUGACCAAGACUGUGAUGGCAACCUUCAAGUGGCAAAUAAGGACUCAACGAAAUAUGAUGGCAUCGAAUGUUAUUCUCAUGGUAACUGCCGUGUUGCAUGUGGUGUAUGGUCAAACUGGGCCGUGUGUGGAUUUCAAAGACAUUCCUGAGGUCGUCAGGCGAAACCCGAACAUCGCAACCCAGGUUGGAGGAGCCACAAUAAAUGACAGAACGCUCCCUGAUGGGUGGUACGGCGCCGCUAACUAUGCACUUGAGGAGAGUGCCCCAGGGUUCCUCCGCUGCGGAUCACUGUUCCCGAUAUGGCGACAAAGUAUUUCUGGAACAACAGCAACCAUGUGUAUUCAAGGUCCAUCUAACACAUGCUCGAAUCCGUUUACGGUAAAAGUCGAAGACUGCAAUGGCUACACAGUCUACAAUCUGAAGGCAUCGCCUAUUCAUCAGAGCUCCUACUGUUUCCGUGAGAUCACUCCCAACUCGCCAACCUACAGUCCCAAGCCAACUGUCGUCCCUGAUACUACUGAUACAAGUUUCGACAACAGUGACCUCCUUUUCCGCUGUUCUUUUCCCCCUUCGUCCAACCAAAGACUGUUCCACCAAACCACGUGGUAUGUCAACGACGUCGUUGUACACCAGCACCCACCUAUGCUAAUGGACACUGCCUACUUUGACAACACAGGGAUCACUCAAGCGAAGCUUAGCGCAGAGGGAAUAACACAAAUCGGGUUCAAUAUAACAUGUGAGGUUCGAGCUAUGUACGGUGUCAGUAUGCCUCCAGGUCCCACAGCUAGUUCCGAUCCUUUUUAUGUCGGAUUUGAGAUCCUAACCAAAGAAAUAACGAUCAAGCAAGGUGAGACGGGACAGGUUCGAGUGCGAGCCACGGCGCCUUUCCGUUGCGGAAACCUGUCCGAGACGUUUUCAUCUUUUUGUUCCAUGCCAAUAGAGAUACCAACUGCUGACUCAACAAAAGGGUUUUCCCAGGAAGAUUGCGCCAUUUCCAUACCUUAUACACAGUGGAACCAACCUGUAUCUGUUACUGUACAUGGAACUAUAACACCAGAAUAUGGCAGAGGACGACUGGAUUCUCUACUAGUUCUGAGGACCCCUGCAGCAAGCCUGCUAUUUCCCUAUUGGGCCAACCAUACUAUUGGAACAGUAAAGGUUACAGUAUUAAAAGAUACAGCUCUGGUUAGAAGCAAAUCAUGCUCCUCCAAUAACGACCCAUAUGUAUGGCAAUUUGAUAGGAUAAAGCUGACUCUACAGAUGGAGGGACGUUUUACAUUAUAUAAACUGGCUAGUCAAUUAAUAGAGAUACAGAUCGAUGUACAGAAAUGUACCAGGAGAACUGGAUACUGUAAUUGUGGAGUAGCUGUUCAAUCCGGGAAGACGGUGUUCUCCAUCAAUAGCUGCGAUACCAGGUCAUGGAGAAUACAGCAUCACGGCUGUGACGACUCUGACAACGCCAUGGAAAUAAAAAAGAGAUACAGUAUUUAUGAUAUAUAUUUGCCCACGGGGGCACGAGUACAAGUCCAUACCUUCUCCAUUGGGAACGGAAAGAACGCCUUAAAUGUUUAUCUUCCUGGCACGAUCCUUGAUACGUUGGCAAGUCGUGGUUUGUGCGGCCAGCUUUCUAACACACGCAGUGACGACUUAAUCAUGAGAGAUGAGACACGGAGUAGCAACAGAAAUACGUUCUUCAAUUCCUGGAGAGUAGGGACGCACGACCUGUUUAACACCGAUUAUGUGAGGACACUUACAACGUUGCAACAGUCCCCAAAGUACUGCUCCUGUGAAGGCGGCAGAAACGUCACAUGUUCUCUUGCGACGAUGACCACUGUGGUCAGGCCAAAUCAUUACAAGGACGUUCCCUGUGCCAUACACGGCAACAGGAAGAAGCGAAUGGUGCCGAACAGGAACAUCGGCCACCGAUACAAAAGGCAAACUUCAACAGAAGUGUGGAACAACCAGACAGCGGCUGAAUUCUGCAACAACCUGUUCGCAGCGUCCACGACCGUCCAGCUGUGCAGCAACGUCCCAGGAGUCGACAUCAACAGCAGCCGCGACGACUGCAUCAGUGACAUUAUGCUCUCUGGCACAACUGACUUUCAAAUGAUGUCUAUCGGCUCAGUGCGUACUUCCUGUGAGACGGAAGUAUUUCUCAACCCCGAUCUUUGGGUAACUGACCCCAACAACCCAGGGGCCCCUACUGUGUUAGACACGAUCACCAACAACGUCUGUCCCAACGACUGUAGCAACAGAGGCACCUGCAACAAAGGACUGUGCAUCUGCAGUGCCGGAUUUGGCAGUGCUGACUGUUCAGUGGACUUGACCCAACCACCUGUUCUGGACGAGGCCGAGGACAACGGUCACUGCGACCUGGCUACCAGGAACUGCCAGAUGUUGACAGUGUUUGGAUUGACUUAA